AUGGACGAUCCCGAGGCGUUGCUGCCGGCGAUCGAACGGCGGUCGAAGCAGCUGCGGCAGCAGGAGCAGAUGCUGCGGGAAGCCGUGUCGGCCGCGUCGCGCAGGAAGGAGACGAGCGCAGCGGCGCUUAGGACUGCCGAGGACGCGCACCAGCAGCUGCUGCGCGCUCGAUUCCACGCGCUCAACGCGCAGGUGAAUGCGCAGCUCGACGCCAUGGCCAGCCAUGCCGCCGCCAUCGCCGCCUUCCUCUCCCCCGCGCGCCCGGGGUCACUGGCAAUGGUAGCGGGGGUGGAGCCGCUGCUGGAGGCGCAGGAGGAGCUGGCGCUGCAGCACGAGGCGUGGAAGCGACGACAGUUCGAUGAGGGGCCAUCCAGGGCGGUGGCGUUGGAGGGGGAGGGGCAAUACUCACCGUGUGACCUGAACGCCCUGGACGCUGGCGUCACGGGUGGGGAUGGCGGAGGCUCCAGUGACACGCCAGGCGACUACGACCUCAAGAUGCAGCGGCAGCGCUUCUACCUCGCCAAGAUGCACCAGCUGCUGACUCAGCAGUACUGGCAGCUGGCUGUCAACGUGGCACUGCAUGGAGCCGUCCUAUUGGACGCGCACCACCUAGAGCGCACCCGGCAGCUGCUGCUCCAAUUGCAUCGCGACACGUCAGCAGCUAUCGCCGACUCUGAAGCCCGCAAGGAGGCGUACAAGGCACUUGCUGCACAGGCCACCGCCCCCACCGCGUCCACUGCGCCCACCGCGCUCUCCGCCCCACCAUCCUUCUCCGCCUCCCACCUCCCGCCCCCAUCCUCCUCCCUCCCCCUCUGGCCCGCUCUGCUCUCCGCCCUCUCCCCCCCCGCUGCUCAAGGGGAGCCACUCGGUGCAGCAGGGGGGGGAGGCGCGCAGGCAGCAGGGCGAAGGGAGGGGGAGAGUGCGGGGGAGGUGGUGGGGCGGCUGGUGGAGGGGCUGAGGGGGAGGGCGCAGGGGGAGGGGGAGCGCGUGCAGCAGGGGGAGGAGCAGAGCGAGCGGCUGCUGGCACAGAUGGCGGGUAUGCAGGCGGCCAUGCUGGAGCUGCUCUCAUCGCCGCACGUCACUCCCUCCUCCACCGCCACUCAUGCCAUGCCGCUGCACCUCUCGCCCGCUGCUCUCCUGGACGAGCGUUUGAGAGUGGAACGCCAGCUCAACGAUGACGUGGCACCCGAGAUUGACAGGCUGGCAGACGAGUGGCAGACAACCCAGAGGAGCGCGGUGCACGCCCCAAGGCACGCCAUCCGGCAGCGCGUGCUGCAAGCAGUUUCUCAUUCCCUCUUCCCCACUCCCCACCUGCCCUCCCUGCACCUCCCUCAGAGCGCGGUGCACGCCCCAAGGCACGCCAUCCGGCAGCGCGUGCUGCAAGCAGUUUCUCAUUCCCUCUUCCCCACUCCCCACCUGCCCUCCCUGCACCUCCCUCAGAGCGCGGUGCACGCCCCAAGGCACGCCAUCCGGCAGCGCGUGCUGCAAGCAGUUUCUCAUUCCCUCUUCCCCACUCCCCACCUGCCCUCCCUGCACCUCCCUCAGAGCGCGGUGCACGCCCCAAGGCAUGCCAUCCGGCAACGCGUGCUGCAAGCAGUUUCUCAUUCCCUCUUCCCCACUCCCCACCUGCCCUCCCUGCACCUCCCUCAGAGCGCGGUGCACGCCCCAAGGCACGCCAUCCGGCAGCGCGUGCUGCAAGCAGUUUCUCAUUCCCUCUUCCCCACUCCCCACCUGCCCUCCCUGCACCUCCCUCAGAGCGCGGUGCACGCCCCAAGGCACGCCAUCCGGCAGCGCGUGCUGCAAGCAGUUUCUCAUUCCCUCUUCCCCACUCCCCACCUGCCCUCCCUGCACCUCCCUCAGAGCGCGGUGCACGCCCCAAGGCACGCCAUCCGGCAGCGCGUGCUGCAAGCAGUUUCUCAUUCCCUCUUCCCCACUCCCCACCUGCCCUCCCUGCACCUCCCUCAGAGCGCGGUGCACGCCCCAAGGCACGCCAUCCGGCAGCGCGUGCUGCAAGCAGUUUCUCAUUCCCUCUUCCCCACUCCCCACCUGCCCUCCCUGCACCUCCCUCAGAGCGCGGUGCACGCCCCAAGGCACGCCAUCCGGCAGCGCGUGCUGCACUCCUUCUUCUCCCCGGGCGCGCUGCCCCACGCGCUGCUGCUCGCACACUCCACUCAGGGGGGAGGGGGCGAGGGUGUGCGGAACGAGGGGGCAGGGCAGGAGGCUGGAGAGGCUCAAGGCGGGAUGCACGGGCAGGAGAGGGAGAGCAGGGGGGGUGGUGGCGAGGGCAUUGGCGUGGGCAUGGAUGAUGGUGGGGGCAGGGGUGAGGGCAUGGGCAUGGAGGGUGGAAUGCAUGUGGGCAUGGGGAUGGGCAUGGAUGAGGAUGAUGACAGCAUCAUCUUCUGA